AUGGAGACUGCAAACCCAGAUUCACCGGAGGAAGUGAGGAACUGGCUUGAAUUGCCUGCGGAUGUUUUGUCUCUAAUAUUUAUGAAACUUGGUGCCAUUGAAGUCCUUGCUCGAGCUCAAGCUGUAUGUUCUUCUUGGAGGAAGUUCUCUAAAGCGCCUCAGCUUUGGAGACGCAUAGAUAUGCGGGAAAUGUGGGAUUACUUCGAGACCGAGUAUGAUCUAGAGAGAAUGGCAUUGCAUGCUAUAGAUAGAAGCGAUGGGCAAUUGGUCGAAUUCUCAGCGGAACAUUUUGCAACUGACAAAGUUUUAGAGCGCAUCAUCGAGAAAUCAAGUCCUUUGAUAUGCCUUCGAUUAGUGUCUUGCUAUCAUGUUAGCGACGAGGAAUUGAUGGAGGUAGCCAAGAAAUUGCCCCUAUUGGAGGAGCUUCAACUGUCCUAUUGCUCAUUUUCAAAGGAAGCAAUUGAAUUCAUAGGACGCAUGUGCCCUCAUCUAAAAUCCUUUAGACUGAAUCACCAGGGGUAUAGGUGCUCCCAUAUAGAUUCUGAUGAGGAAGGGCUUGAUGAGGAAGCGUUUGCUAUAGCAAAAAGCAUGCCUGAAUUGCGCCACCUCCAUCUUUUUGGAAAUAUGAUGACCAAUGUUGGUCUGCAAGCCAUUAUUGAUGGUUGUCCCCAUCUUGAAUCUCUUGACCUGCGUCAGUGCUUCAAUGUCGAUCUAAGCGGAUAUUUGGGAAAGAGGUGUGCAGAAAGAAUCAGACAUUUGAGACAUCCUAAUGACUCCACUGAUGACUAUGAAUUCAAUGCAGAAAUUCAUAAUGAUCCAUCUUUUGCUGAUGAUUAUGCGUCUGGAAGCGGAGGUUUUGAUGAUGAUUAUGACGACUACACCAGAUAUCAUGAUGUCAACUUCCCUGACUAUGAAGAUUUAGACUUCGGGUUUUUUGGUUUCUGA